AUGGUGGGCCAUUCGCUUGCCCGGAGACCUUGGGCAGAAGCUGCGGGGAGCGCGUUUGCCGUCGCCUCCGCGCUGCCGACCUCCAUGAACAGCGCCCAGAUCGCCCAGCUUUUCGAUGAGGUUCCGUCUCGAUUUCUAUUCAUUUUCAUGAAACUGCUUCUCCGAUAAAAAAACAGUGAAAAACUGAAAAAAAGUUUUAUAAUUUUUUUGUAAAAAUGUGUUUUUUCUCUUGUUUCUUCUUGUUAUUUUUGUAAUAAAAUGUGCUUUCUAUAAUAAAAAAACUACAAACAGAGCUUUUUCAUACAACAAAUAAGCAAAAAAAGUAAAAAAACCAUGUAAAGAUUAGAAAAACACUAGCUAUUCCCGUUCCUCUGAAAAUCUGCAUUUUUCUUCGAUAAUUCAAAAAACUUUUAAACUUUGGCAAUUUCGUAUAUUUUUUUAAAUAUUGAUUCAAAAAAAUUUUUUUUCUGGCUAGUUUAAAGAGUUAAUUUUGAAAUUCAUCGUAAUAAAAUAAGACAUUAAGCAGUCACUUAAUUGACUUCUCAGUAUUUCUCUCAACAAAAAAUUAUCCGGUCGAUUCAGAAAAAAAUUGAAAAAUUAAUCGGUAAAUUUUAAAAAUUUCAAACUGUAUGUUUUUAUUUUGUGUUUAUGUAUGUAUUAAAGAAAAAAACUAUCUUAAAAAAAUUUAGUUUUUUUUCUGAGUUUUAUUACUAUUAAAAAGUUUUGAACUGAUAAAUUCAUCAAAAAAAUCCAUUAGUUUUCAAAUUUUCAAUAAAUUCAGGUUGAAAAAGGGAUCAGCGAUUUGCAAUUCGCGUUGACGGCGGAUGCGUCAGCCUUCCGAAACGCUGUAAGUUUUGUUGAAAUCAACGUUUUUGAGAAGAAAAGAUCAGUCAUUUUGCAAGGAAAAAACGAACGAUGAACCCAACAAAAAUAGAAAAAGAAUGAGGCGAAAAAAGUUGGGAAGAAAGACAAGAGAAAACCGGUUCCUAAACACGCAAAAGUGGCGGCAAACGUCGUUCUUUAAACUUUGAAUUUUUUUCUUUUUUCGAUCUGAUGAUUAAAAAUAAGUGGAAAAAGUUGUUUUCAGAUAGUUUUCUGGGUGUUUUUUUGAUCCGAGAAUGAUCCCUUUUUUUCAUAUAAUUUUUUUGAAAGAUCGAAGUAUUUUUUGUUUUUUUUGAAAAAUACGGCGAUUCUGUGAUGAUUUUGUGAAUAAAGCUGGAUGAAAAAAAAAAAAAUUAGAAACGAAGGAAAAAAAGAUUAGAAAAAAAGCAGGUUUUUUUACAUGCAAAACUGGUGGAAAACGUCGUUCUUCAAUUUAUUAUUUUGUUGAUUCGAAAAAUCAAAGUUCAAGGUUAUUUUUAUGGAUGUUUUUAACCCUGGAAUGACUUCUUUUUCAUAUGUUUUAUUUUUUUCGAAAAUCGAAGCUGAAAAAAACGGAGACUCUUUUUCUGAUUCAAAUUAUGUUCUAAAUAAGCGAAACAAUUAUUUUAGAUCAUUUUUCGGGUGUUUUUGGUCCUCGAUUCAACCUUUAAUGACCUCUUCUCCAUAUGUUUUUCUUAAAAAGCGAUAAAAUUAUUCACAGAGCGGCGAAUCUUUGCUGAUCGUCGCCGCCCGUGUUAACAAUGAACGUGUCGCCAAGCAACUCGUCGUUCUUGACCCCGACGCCAUCGACGAAACCGAUAACGUUCGCUUUUUACAGAUUCUCCAUUAAAUCUAUGAGGAAGAAUUGAAAAUUAAACGUUUUCUGUUCGAAAAAAAUUUGAUUGGGAGAAAGUUAAAAAAAUAGUUUUUUUAAACUAUUAUCUGUAUAACCACAAUAUUUAACAUAUAUUUAUCAAUUUGAGGCUAUAAAAAAACGGAAAAAAAGGUCGAAUAUUUCCAAAAAGACGCUUUUAUCAGGAAAAUUCGAAAAAGAGAUAGUUUAUUUUUUUGGUAGAGAUAUUUUCAGUUGAAAAAUCUAGAAGAAUUUUGCUUUAAUUUUCAAAAACCAGAGUUUUAUAAUUUUGCCCUACAUUUAGCUUUCUUCUAACAUUUUUGCUGAAGAAAAACACAUUUUUACUUUUUAUUUACCUAAUAUUUACCUUAAACUUACCUUAAAGUCCCUAAUUUUUCUUUUCUUGCUCUUUUUUUUCUAUUUUCUGAAUGAAAUCGCUUCAGGAAGGCUGGAGCUCCUUGUUAAAUUGCUCCCAAUACGGCCACAUUUCAAUCCUUCGAACCCUGCUCGAGAACGGCGCCGCUGUUGAUCAACCUGAUUUGGUUUGAAAAAAACCAUUUUGAAGGGAAAAAAAUUGGAUUUUCAGUUAGGAUGGAGCCCUUUGAUGUGGGCCGUGUACAAGAAUCACGGCGAAGCCGUCGAUUAUUUGUUGAAUUACAAGGUUUGGAAGAUUUUUUAUAAGAAAAGGUCGUCAGAGAACGCUGGAAAAGAGUUUGAAAAAUUUAGAGAUCUUUUAAGAAAAAGUAAAACCAUAGGCAAAGUCGGACAGGGUCAAAAAAGGCUCCAUAGGAAUGUUCAUUUUAAGGCGAAAACGGCUCCUAUUUUGCUUUCUUUUUGCGCCAACUUAUCGGCUAUGCACCAUUUUUGCUGCCUCUCCCUUUUUCCACCAUUUCUUGACCCUUUAAAAUCCCAGCAAAAAUGGAAGGCUCGAUGAAGGAACUCUUUUUGCUGCCUUUUUGCAGCUUUUUUGCAGCCUUCUUCGAGCCUCUACCUUCUAGCGGUCAUUAUCCACCGUUCCGACUUUUCCUUAUAACGAUAGAACAGUUGAAAAAUACUUUAAUGCUGUUGUUUUUUCUCCGAAAUAUCUGAAUUAGUGGAAAAUCAGAAGGGGAACUAUAAAUCGAGGAAUUGAAACACAUUUUCAGGAGGUUUCAGCGUGAAAAAUUAAUUUUUUUGCUCCUUUCAUGUCUUUUUUUCUACGUGAAUUUCGAGUAAAUAUGUUUUUUUAAACUUUCUUUUUGACAAUAUUUAACUAACAGUCCGCACUUUUCAAGGUAAAAAAAUUUCUGAUAGAAAUCUGAAAAAAAGACUUGAGAAUGUUACUUUCAACUAGUUUUUUUGAUUGAAAAAAACACGAUUUUAAUUUUUCUUGUCCCAAAAAUUUUUUUAAAUCAGAGAUUAACAGUUACAGCUUCCUUUGGAAUUUAUAUUUUUCGAGUUUUUUUGACAUUUUUUUUCUAUCUUUGUUCGAAAUUUAUGCAGUUAUAUAGCAUUGGAGGGCAAAUCCUUCUUAUUUUUGUCUUUCAAAAUGUUUUUUAUAAGCUUCUCAACUUUUUCCGUGAAAUAUGGUUUUUUUCCUUGAGAAUUUUCAAGAAUUGGCCCUUUAAAGUUCUAAUUUUACAAAAAAAGUUUUUCAUUUCUGUUCCUUUCGAAACCUUAUCUAAUGAAAAAACUCUUCAAUAUCGAAAAAAUCAUCAAUUUUUCCAGGCCCAUGUAAAUUUAAUAGACGAAGAGGACGGCUUGACGCCGUUGAUAGUCGCCUCCGGCCGAGGAUUCGCCGGAAUCGUUGAAAAACUCAUCGAUGCUGACUGUCAGGUGCUUUUUAGGGGGCUUUCAGUGUUCUAGAGGCUGUUUAUCUAUGAUUUUUUUUUCUUGAUUUUAGCGAUUUUUUUGUGAGAUAAUAUGUAGUUCUGUAAUGAAAAGUUUGCAUAUACUUGGUUUUAGGAUAAAUUUUGGGACUUUUGUUUUAUUUUUUUCAGGCUUUUUCAUUGGUUUAGUCUCGUUUUCAUGGAUUUUUUUAAUGAAAAAUUGUAGUUCUGUGAUAGAAACUUUCACACAUAUGACGAUUGUAUAAUAAUUCUCGGGGUUUUCUGAUUUGAUAUUUGGGCUAUAUUAAUAAUUUUGUCUUUUUCUUGGAUUUUUGUGUGAAAAAUUGUAUCUCUGUAAUAGAAAACUUUACACAUAGACGUUUGUAUAAUGAUUCUCGGGGCUUUGAGAUUGGAUUUUAAGACUUUUAAGGUGUUUCUCAAAGCUAGUUGUGAACUAAAAAAACGGAUUUUUUUCGAAAAUGAAAUUUUAAAACUUUAAGAAAUCCUUUCAGUUCACAUUUUUUUUCCAUGUGAAUCAACCUAAUAAACCCCUAAAAAUCCAUCAUUUUCCUUCAUUUUAAUCAAAUUUAUAUCCAGAUCAACGCCUGUGACAAGUUCGGAAGUACGGCCCUGAUUUGGGCGGCCAGAAAAGGACAUUUGCCAGUCGCCCAGAUGCUUUUGAAUGCCGGCGCCGAGGUUGACGCGGUUGGAAUGGUGGGAUUUUUGGAUUUUUUCCAGAUUCUGUCUUGUUUUGUGCUGUUUCAUGUAAUGUCCCAGAUAGAAUUCAAAGAAAAAGUCUUGAAAACGAUUUUUGAGAAAGAAAAAAAGCUUAAAGAUUUUUUCAGGAAUCACAGUAGGAAACCUAACUUAUAGCAGUUUUUGGAUUUCAUGAAUGGAAUUUCAUUGAGCUCAUUUUUUCUCAUUUUCUUUCAUAAGUAAGGCUCAUUUUAAACGGAAUUUUAGACUUUUUCGAAAUAUUUGUGUUUUUUUUUGUGGAAAUAGCCUUUUUCCAACUACCAAUUUGACACAUUUCUGUUAUUUUACAUGGUAUCAACCAUUAAAAUGGACGACUUGCUUUAGAAAAAAAAUAAUUCACCUUAGCGUUUCUGCUGUCAUUUUACAGCACCGCCCGAAAAUUCACAAAAUAAUUUUUUGCUCAAAACUUCCUUUGGAGCUCAAUCUUUUUCAAAUUCUAUAAAGCAGCUUUACUUUUUCCUGCAAUCCAAAGUUCCUCCAGAGUGUUGAAAAUAACUCCAGAAGGUUUCAGAGAAAUUGAACUCGAUACAAAAAAGUUCUGAUCAAAAACCGUUUUUUCGUGUCUUUUCAGACGGAACUGUAGAAGAGGAAAACAUAUUUUCAUGAUUUUUUUCUUCGAAAAGGAAUUUUUCUUCAGCACCCGACUGCUGAAUGUGUUCAAGGUUUUUUUUUUAGGAUUUUAUCGAUUUUUUUGAAUAUUCAACUUCUUUAGCUGUCAGGAAACUUUGAAACUUUGAAACUUUAUUCAGUCUUCAGAGAAGGUACUCUGCUGAAUCAUGGAAUAAUUGAAGAGUUGUUCGUCGGUUUGCGAAACUGUCGUUGAUCAAACGUAGACGGCGCGUAGAGCAUCUCGUCUUUCUUGUGAUAGUAGUAGACGUUUUUCGAGCGUUUCCGACGAUUACUGCUUCUCCAUGUAGGAACAGUAGGGCGCCCAGCUUGUCCAGGGCUGACGGACGUCGGAUUAAAUCUCAGACGAGAGCGGAAAUGAAAACCGACCACUCGGGUGGUAGAAAUGAGAUGAUAGAAAUGAGAUAAUAGCUGUCAGGAAACUUUCAAUACCAUCUUUUUAGUGAGUAUUCAAUUCUUAAAAAAAAUAAUUUUUGUCAUAUUCCAGUACUCAUCCACGGCCCUGAUGCUAGCGGCUCGGGGGAAUUUCCUGCCCGUCGUUGAUCUUCUCCUGACCAGAAUGCCCAAUGUCAACGUUGUCGAUUCAGUAAAACCCGCCUGAAAGUUCAGAAUUUCAAAGAAAAAAAAAAUUCAGAACGGCCUUUCGGCGCUUGGAAUGGCGGCUAGGGAAGGUUACGCGGACAUUUGCGAGUCUUUACUGAAUUCCGGCGCUUUUGUAAACCAAUCUGACAAGUUUUCUGAUGGGAUGUAUACAAUUCAAUGCAUUUUCGGUUUUUAAAGGUAUGGAAAUUGGAUUUUGACGUCGGCUGUCCGAAGCGGCAACGCAAUGAUCGUCAGGAUGCUCCUCGACAAGUUCGCCGAUGUCAAUUGCCAGGAUUCGGUGAUUUUUUCGAGUUUCGAGGUGUUGGAGAUGAGCAAAACUUUUCGAUACGUGUUCAAAAAAGAGCAGGAAACCUUUGUGACUUCCUCAUUUAUCUCAAAAUUUGAAAAAUAUCUUAUGAUUGAGCAGAAAAAAACCAGUUUCAGCCAAUGGUUGAUUGAAAAAAAGGGAUGCUAGGGAUGAUUGAAAUUUUAAAAAAAAAUCUAUAAAAAAAUGAGCUGAAAAACUUUAUGUAUUAUUUCUUAGAGUUUGAAAUUUUUCUAGUUUAUAUUUAGAAAAGAAGAAAUAUUUCAUUUUUGAGAAGGAAAUAGGGAAUUUCAAUCAAUAAUUGGUUAAACGAGGGGCGCCGUAGCGCAACGGGUUGUGUGCCUGUCUACGGUCCACAGGGUCACAAGUUCGAUCCCCGCCCCGACCCAACCAAGGGGUUUAAGAAAUGUUGGUAGUGGGAAACCACGGCUUCAAAAUCCCCAGCCGUCAUACACAAGGACGGAUAUGUCACUCGAGCCAGUCCAUUGAUUAUCACUGAUAUCAGGAUAAGACUUUGUCUAAUCGAGCUGGGGCAUCGACGCCGUUCAAACGGUACAAAGGCGUAGAAGAAGAAGAAAGAAGAAUAGGUUAAACGAGGGAUGUUAGGAUUAACAAAACUAUGAAUAAAAAAAUAUAAAAAAAUGAGCAGAAGAUUUUUUUAUCAUUUGGACUUCUUUUUUUAAAUCUUCCUAGUUUAAACUGUGCAAAAUGAGGAGUCUCGUAAUCUUGAGCAGGAAAAAGCCUUUUUUUGCCAUUAUUUUUGAAAAAAAGCUGGACCUUUUUUUCAGUUAAAUUUAUAAAGUUUACUCAGCAUUAUUAUUUUUUUUCGAAUCAUGAGACUUUUUCUGAGUUGAUUACGUUAAGAGUGCCCUAAAAAAAUAUGUUUAGUUCCAAACUAAACUUUGAAGUUUUUCGUGAAAGUUUCGAGAAAUUUUUGAAAGAAAUAUAUCCAUUUUCUCAUGAUUUUGUAAAAAUUUUUCCUCUUUUUUUUUAAUUACAUUCAUUUUUUUCCUUCAGGAUAAACGAACCCCGCUACAUUUGGCUAUCGAUAAGGCUUUCAACGAUAUCGCCUACAUUUUGUUAGAGAAAAAGCCGAAUUUGGAGUUGAAGAACAAGGUUUGGAUCAUUGAAAAGUCGAUAAAUAAGUUAGGAUUUUUGAGCUGGAUCUGUAAAAUUGGAACAGUAGAAAUAGUAGAAAAGUAAGAAAACAACUUUGUUUUUUUGGCUCACUUCUGUGAAAAUUGUUAGUGACCACUUUAGGGUUUUUUUACCUUUAAGUGUCCACUAUAGUAGUCAAAUAAGGGGCCACUUAAGUGGAAUACUCUUUAGAAGUAUAAUUGUUACCACUAGGUCACUAAAACUACUAUAGUGGCCACUAAGACGCAAAGAAGUGGCUUAUAUAGAGGUGGUUUUAGUGACCACUCCAGUGUCCUCUUCAAGUAGCCCUUCAGAAACCUCUUAAGUGGCCGCUAGAGCUUUCCCAGUUUGCUGAAAAAUAUCUGUUGUCCAGCAUCUUGCUUAGUAUAACACAUCCUACGAUGAAAGUACUGAAAAUAGAUUCCUGAUGUCACUUUCAGGACGGAGAAACGCCCCUCAUUCGAGCCGCGAAAUGCCGACACGUUCAUUUAUGCACAUAUUUGAUCUCCGCGGGCGCGAAACUUGCCGCGACGGACAAUAUGGGCGACAACGCGUUGCACAUCGCGGUCAGAGCCCGGAGUCGAAGAUUAACCCAGGCCCUCCUUUGUGAGAAAAUACGAAAAACCGCAAAAAGAUGAUGUUCCAGCCAACCCCUCGGACUCCCGGUUACUCUACCGACCGAACAAGUUGGGCCAAACGCCGUAUUCCAUCGACGUGUCGAACCCGCAGCCGAUCCUGUCGCUGAUCCAUGGCCCCAUCGACGCCGAGGAGAAAAUGGACUCCGUCAUGGGCUACGAUGUCUACGCCAACGUUUUGGCCGACAUUUGUGAGGAUUUCAGAGAGAUAUGGUUCAUCCACCGCUUUCAGGAGAUAAUUUUGGAGAAUUUUUUCAUGAUUAGCGAGACAGUGGGAAAAAAGAGGUUGAGACGAUUAUGUAGUACUUUUCAUCCUUUUACAUUUGUGAAAGGGGUAUAUUUUUGUAAAUUUUGAAUUUUUCUGCAUAUGACAACGUUUUGGCGAGCAUUCGUGAGAGUUUCAGAGAAAUUUAGUUCAUCUACCGCUUUCUAGAGAUAAUUUUGAGACAUCAGCCAGAGAUUGUGAAAAAAGAAGAGGUUUAGACGACUAAGUAGCGGUUUUGGCGGGUUUUAGAGAAAUAUAGUUCAUUAAACUUCCUUCUAGACAUAAUAGUUUGCGAGAUCUCACACGAAUAGCUAGAGAGUGUGUAAAAAGAGUAGGUUUAGACGUCUGUUUGGUUUUUUUUCUCUAGCUGAUCGUCAAUGAAGUCAAUAGAUUUUCAAACCAUACUUUUAAAUAUUUCGAAGUUGUUUUCUGAUAAGAAUUUCGACGUUCUGACGGAAAUUGGUAAAGGUUCGAAGAAAAAAAUCAGUAAGAAAUGAAAAAAUUUAAAUUAAAUGGUUCUGUGUGUAGUUUGCUCACUACUGACUAGAGAAGUGCGCAGAAAAAUGGGUUUUUUGGAUUUUCGGGGUACUUUUUGACAAGAUUUCUAUGAUUUUUCUUAGGAUCAUCUCCUAAAAAACCUCUCCUAGUAAGCUUCAAUUUUUUUCGCGAAAAUCUUCUCGCAAAUAACAAAGUGCUCAGAAAAAAACUGAAUUUGAGCUUCCAAAGGAUUGAUAUAAUUUAAAAAAAGAUAUAUUCCAGUAUGUGAACCAUCGCUCUCACUGCCUCUAACAGUCGGUUUGUACGCGAAAUGGGGUUCCGGAAAAUCGGCACUUUUGUCGAAACUCAAAGAAGCGAUGCGGUGUUUCUCGCGAGAAUGGCUUGAGGGCGUUUCUUUGAGGUGGAAAGACACCAAAAGUUCCUUUUUUCAUGUACAUUUUGUAGGUUAUCAUUCACGGCUUUUGCUGGAAUUUUCCUCACCACAAUGAUGAUUACCCUGGUUUUGACGACCUUAAGUGCACUAUCCAGAAAUAUUCACCUUUAUAUCGGCCUUUGGAUCGCUGGAAUCGUCUUUUAUUGCAUUAUCGUUUUAGCUCUUUGUAAGAUUUUUAAAUUCGAAUCGAAUUUAGAGUUCAUUUUUAGCUUUGUUAUAUUAUGGUGAUCGGAAAGGUUGGCCCGGCUCGAUGGAUGUGAGUUUUUUUGAGGCGGAAACUACAGAUUUUGUACAUAAUAAUGUACAUUUUCAGUUAGCCAUGAGUGUUGGGCGGUCCUUUUCCCGAAUGAGGCUAAUUUAUAACGUUUUGAUGCUGAAUCCGCCCCUACACUCGGAGACGGAUAGCGCCAGUAAUCCUGUCAGGUGAAUUAUUGGGAAGAUUAGGAAUAUCUGUAGAAAAUUGAGUUGGAUUUUAAGGGAAUUGAAAUGGUGGUAAGGUAGAAAUGGAAAAAAAGUUGAAAAAGUUUUUUUGUUGUAUGGUGUUGUUAUAGUUAUAAUGGUAAAAAAAGUUUUUCAGGAAGAACUUGGAAAUUUAAAGAUUUUUUUCCAAAGAUGAAAAGAUUCCAAAAAGGGAAAAAUUUUGGCCUGUACUAUAGAUCGUUUAGUCAUAUUUUUAAAUCGAGAAUUUUUUUAAAAAUAAUAUUAGGGCCAAAGAACAUUUUCAACUGAAAAAAACGAUCACUUGACUUUUUUUGAAUUUUUCGUUUCAUUGGUCCCUUUUUUCCAUGUAUUGAUUUCUAGUGUAUCUUAAUUUAUUUUCCCGAUUUUUUUCGAAUUGGAAUGCUUAAAGUUCCUAUGCCUAAUUAAAGAAUAUCGAAAUUUAAAAAGAGAAAAAAAUGAAAAAGGACGAUUUUUUUAGUGACCAUUGGUCGCCAAUUUUUCACAUACUAAAAAUUAUUUUUGCCCUUUUUUUGCAGUUUUCUAUUUGCCGAUUACCAUCGUCUAUCGUCGAUUGGUGGCGAACAAGCAUUGGCGAAAAUUGUAGCGACGCUUUUCGAAGCGGCCGAAACGCAUUUUGGCGUUUUGCCAGUUCGUCUCUUUUGUCUCAUGCGAUCACCUUAUCGUAGGUUUUUUUCUGAUAUAUCUUGUGGGAAGCUAUAAAAUUGGCUGAAAAGAAUAGACUGCACCGAGAGAUCAACUACGGCCUGAAGAGACGCCAGAGAACAAGAGUUUUUUAGCGUCUCUGGCGUCUCUUCAGUUGUCGCUGCUCUCUCGUUUUUGCUCAUGUCAAACUGAAAAAGCAGUAGUGAGAGAUCAACUACGGCCUGAAGAGAUGCCAGAGAAAGAGAGCUUUCUUAGCUUCUCUGGCGUCUCUUCUGCUACGAGCCUUCUCUCUUUCUUUUUUUUUCAAAUUGGCGCUUUUUUAAGUUAAACUACUCGGAAAGUAAAAGCGAGAGAUCGAUUGAGACCUAAAGAGACGCCAGAGGAGAAAGAGAGUUUCCUAGCUUCUCUAGCCUCUCUGCAGCUACUCGCUCUCUAGCUUUAUUUGUUUAUAAUAUGCGAUUCUCUGGCGUCUCUUCAAAUCUAUCGCUAUUUCUCGAAUUCCCCUCAAUUUCUUCCUUUUUUAGAUUUCCUUGAUCAAGAAUAUUCGCCGUUUUUAAGGCAGACACGCCGUAAUUUUUACCAAUAUUCAGGUCAUUAACCAGAAAAAUUCUUUUGUUAUGCUCUUUGAUUCAACUUUUGACUGUUGUGGAGUGUUUUGUAAGGAAAAUGCUUUUUUUCGAUAACCUUUUUUUUUUGAAACUUGGCUCGCAAUGCUUUGGUGAUUAUGCAUGAUUUGAUGUGACCGAGAGGGCUUAAAAUAUUUUUUUUAUUUCAAUUUUCCGAUCAGAUAUAUUUUAAGAUCACCCGAAAAAUACCAAAAUCUAGAUAGUACAAUGAAUAAAGAGAGUUCAGGCAUGUGAAGGUAUAUGGUGCGUCAGAGCGUCUUUCCUUGGGCGUGUUUUAGUUAAGGAUGAAUCAAGGCUAAAAGGAAUAUCAAGAACCUUUUUCGAAGUUUUUGGCAAAAUUGAAAACUUCAGCCCCUCGGUACCACAUUUUGAUUGCGAUUUUUUGUCCUGUCAUUUUUUCAAACUCAAAAUUCAAAAAAUUUCCAUGAUUUAAUUUUUAGCCGGCACCCACAAGUCGUAUCGACGGUUCUGUGGAAUCCCCUACAUUUUUCCGGUCGGAUUUUGUGCCUUGCUGGUUUUCGCUCAGUUCGGCUUCAUCACGGCGUUUUUGUUCUCGGAUAGGGCUCUGAAUGCGUUAGUUUUAGGGGUUUAGUCAGGAAAAAUACCCCAUUUGGAAUGGCUCAGGACUUGUUUUGAAGUGCACCCGAUCAAAAAACGGCUUGCGUUUUCGGGUUGUCACCAUUUGAAGUUUGCGUUUUGAACUUUCUAUAUGAAGUUGCGCGACGCGUUGAGCCAUUCCAAAUGUGGUUUUAUCGUGAAAAGGACCGCGUUUGGAAUGACUUAGCGCGCAGCGGCGGUUUUGAAUGUGCACCCGACCGCAAAACGGGUUGCGCCAAUGAUUGACACGAUGAAUGAGUUUCGAAGUUCCAAUCCACGCGGCACAUUCAGCCAUUCCAAAUGCGAGCAGUGGAGAAUAAAGUAUAUGUUUUCCUUUCAGUUGGGCACUUUUAUCGAUCGUGCUUGGGACUUCUCUGGCUGUCAUGUUGGCGUAUCCGAUUUCUGCCGGCCUGAGGUUUUUUUUGACACUUUUUUUCUAGUUUUGAAGUUUUUUGUGUACAUUUCUAGCAUGUACUGGAUGUCACAAAAAGUAACGUUUUUUUCAGAUAUUCCUGGUCGAAUGUCCCAAGGCGACGGGUCAAUGCUGCGGCCAGGAUGACUCAUAAGCUUCGAUUCGAAGGUCUCAUGCAGAAAAUGCAGGCCGAGGUCUAGAUUUUUAGGAUUUCCAGAAAAAGUACGUACAUUUUUAGGUUGAUCUACUGGCGGAUUUGAUCCGGUCUCUCGACGCUUUCACUAGAAGUCAUACUAGAUUGGUGGUCGUUGUGGAUGGCCUGGAUAAUUGCGAACAGGUUCGUCUUGGAGAAAAAAAACCAGAUAUCUAUAGUUUUUGGAAAGAAAGUUUAGAGUGUUAGGAAUUGGUGUAGGACUCUGGGAUUUUCAUCAUAAAAUGAUUGAGCUUGGCUUAUUUUCCACGUCAGCGGCUCAUGGUGCUUCUACAAAACACAGUAAACGGCCUUGAAAACAAGUUUUUCUAAAUAUAGUUUAUCCACGACUAGCUCGGAUUGAAGUUGUUAGGAAAAAGCACACUUUAUGGAUUUUCACAAAACUCGAGGAUUUGAGAGACCGAAUAGGUAUUGACAAAGUGCAAAAAAUGACACAGGAAAAAAUAGCCGUCAAAAUACGGCUUAAGUGUGCUCUAUAGCUAAUCAUCGAAGUCGGAUUAAAGUUGUUUUCAAAAAAACAUAUAUUUUAUAGUUUUUCGCAAAGCUUGAGGAUUUAAGAGACCUCUUGCAACUAGAGAGUGAGUGAGAGAGUGAAAAAAAGGAUAAAUUAUGAAUAUAGCUCAAAUGUGCUCUAUAGCUAAUUACCAAAUGUGCUCUAUAGCUAAUCAUCGAAGUCGGAUUAAAGUUGUUUUGAAAAAAACAUAUCUUUCAUUUUUUUUUCGCAAAGCUCGAGAAUUUGAGAGACCUCUUGCAAAUAGAGAGUGAGAAGGGGAAAAAAAAUGAUAAAUUAUAAAUAGCCGCGAAAAUAUAGCUCAAAUGUGCUCUAUAGCUAAACGCCGAAAAUUUUGUAGACUGAAAAUUAAGCCGUAUUUUUGAAUUUUUAUAUACCGAAAAAUGUUGAAAUUUUUAAAUAUUUCUUUUCACAAUUUCUUGAGCCUCAAAACAUUAUUUCAAGGAACGAAUGGUGCAAACUCUGGACGCUUUGGAAUUGCUAUUCUCGGCACGGAAACACCGACCAUUUAUCACCAUCAUCGCCGUUGAUCCCCAUGUUAUCGUCUCGGCCCUCAACCACAACAUGCACUCGGCUCUCAGUGGUUUUAAUGGACAUUUUUGGAUCUGAAAACCUGAUUUGCUAUGAUUCAAGGAACGGAACUCACUGGCCACGACUACUUGAAGAAUAUCGUCAAUAUGCCUUUCUAUCUCCACAAUUCUGCUCUCCGGCAGUUGCAAUCGAAGUUGAAGGUGGAUUUUUUGAACUCGCUUUGAAGUUUAACGAAACUCCAACUAUUUUCCGGAAUAUCCAAGGUUUUACUGAUCUAUUAUUUCUGAAAAAUGUUGAGAAUAGCCUACCACGGAGUUCGGUCUCUUAUGAGAAACUUGAAGAAGCUUAAAAACUUCCAAAAAGAUUGUUUUCACAGUCAUUAAAUUGGAAAUUUUCCAGCAAAAACGGGAGUCGAUGGCCGAUUGGAAGGAACGAUUCAGAAGGCAGGACACUUUCCACGGAUCUGUCCUUUCCUUGGACGGAAGACAGUCGAGAAAGGUACCGAAUGUGCAAAAAUGGCUCUGAAAAUCGUCUUCGUUCAUUUUUAUAUUCAUUUUUUGGUAUGGGAAAUGUGAAAAAUUAAUUUUUGCCAUUGGAACGACCAUCAUUAGAGGAAGAUUUUGCUCAACUUGGUAUUUUUAAAAACCUCGGUUUUUGGGGGACCCGUAGAGAAUUGGGCUGAUUUAUUUUUGCUAGAAACUAAAUUUGACCAAAGCUUUGACUUGAUUUAAAAACCUUCUCUCUUUUUCUCAUUGCUUUAAAAUUUCUUGAUCUUCUAGAAAACCUCCAUUUUCUUGAUAAGGUAUUCUUAAAAGAAGAGCGUGAUUUUCUUGACCUUUUGGUACUAGAAACUCGAUUUUUUUAAAAAGCAUAGAACUUAAACUAUGAACUUUGAGGUUUUCUGAGUGAAAUGAAAGUCACCUUUUUUUGGGAACUAGAGAAGUUUAGUUGGAAGUUCACCUAAAAAUUGUUUUCAAAAGUUUUUUGAGCAGAGCUUUUUUCAACUCUUCUAACGAAAAACUCAGUCUCAGAAGUCGCAAGUGCCGAUGAACGGCGUCGUCGUCGGCACGAGGAACGUCACUGAAGGAAUUCUCGGCGAGGACUACUUUUCGAACAUGAAUCCCAGAGCUAUGAGAAGAAUCGUCAACGCCUUGACCCUUACCGGACGUCUGAUGAGGGCCUUCGAGAUCGACUUCUCCUGGAUGUCCCUGGGACAUUGGGUCUCCUUGUUGGAACAGUGGCCUAGUAGGAUGUGCUGGCUGAUUGACAGGGCUCUGGAGGUCCAUAAUAACUCCCUGAUGCUUGCUGAGGUAGUUAUAGGACCCAGAAAAGUGAAAUAGGUGUGUUUUUGAACAGUUGUAUCAUCAAUUGAAAGACCACAUUCCAAACGACGAGCUGAUCGCCUUGGACAGGAAUCCUGACAAUUUUGAGGUGGGUUCAGCUUGGGACGCCAAGGGGGCGUGUCCUGUCUGCGCUCUCCACGAGCCAGGCGCUAUCUCGUGUAUUAUCGUGUCAGGACCCUUUUUUCGAUGGCUCAGCCGUGAAUCAGCUAUAAGCCUCAUUGUAUUUUGGAUGAGAGAGUAGAGACACAGACAUGAAGGGGUGUCACAAGACGUGUAGAAUGACCCUUCGAAUAAAAAGUUGAAUUUGAGAAGCUUGAAAUUGGAAUUUCGCGCGCUCAUUUUUCUAAAGGGCCUUCGAAUUGAAUUUAGGUUUUGUAGUAAUCUGAAUGAAACGAAAAACUUAGUGAUCCCUUGAAAAUCGUCCCGAAAAAAGAAGGAAAAAAAAUACGUCCGAAUCUUCCCUCCAAAAAGCGCGGCCUAUCCCCUCAAAAUGUGCAGCCUAUUCCCCCUCCCCCCUUUUUUUUCGUGCGCGAAAGGCUGGGGUGGGAUCCAGCCGAUGUAUGAACUUGAUGGAUAAACUAUUUCAAAAGGCAAAAAAUUUCAGGGCUUCCUGGACUCCAAGGGAAUCCCAGUUGCUGAGCGAUUAACCGUGGGUCAUGUCAAGAAAUUCGUCCCCUGCUCGAGUAAUUUGGAUCCCUAUUUAAGGAAACUGAUCCGAGGUUCUUUCACUGAGAAGGACAAUCGAUAGAAAUCUUUUCGUUCAGAAAAAAGCAAGGGCCUGGUCGACAUUGAAGCUUCCAUGGGUAGCACUGGAAUGGCCAUUUCGCCGAGUGCCGCCUUGAUUUUCUCGGUAAAUCUUGAAAAAAAAGUAUUAAUUUCUGGUUGAUUUGAAGGAAGAGAAGACGUGGGCCGGCAUCAGCAUUCCUUUGGUCCAAAUGAAGCUCGACGCGAUCAUCGCCAUCAUUCGGAAACUUCAGAUCCCACCGAACCGGGUCGAUAUGAUUACGGAGAAGUUGGUAUUGGGGAGAAGUUUGUAUAAAAGAAAAAAAUAUUCUCGAAAAAGGUCGAAUAGCCGUUCUAAACAUGAUUUUUUUCUGUUAACGGGUGAUAUUUGGGUUCCCAAAAUGGGCACACAGAUACAGUAGCCGUUUCAGAUUUUUGUUUUCGCGCUCUAUGGAUAAGUUAUCCUCAAACUUUUCCUGGAAGGAAUGGAUUCGUUGAAAAAUUUAACCAGAGCUAUAACAAAAAAUUUCCGUUAAAAAGAGAAUAUACCUCAAACGGGUCUUCGAAUAUAGUAGCCGUUCCAAAAUUUGAUUUUUCCUUUCAUAGUUGAAUUUUAAGUUUUCCAAAAAGGGUUCUUGGAUAGUAGCCGAAAUUGGAUUUUCUGCUCUAUGGAUAGGGAAAUCUUCCUCACAAUUUUUCUGGGAGAUAUGGCUUUUCCGGAAACUUGAAUGAGCACUUUAGAGAGUGAAUAAGAUGUUCGAUACUCAAAAAGAGAAUAUAACCCCUUAAAAGGGUCUUUGGAUACAGUUACCGUUCAAAAUUUGGAUUUUUCCUCCUAUAGUUGAAUUUUGGGUUUCCAAAAAGGGUUCUUUGAUAGAGUAGCCGUUUUAAAAUUGGAUUUUGUGCUUUAUGGAUAAGGAAAUCUUCCUCUUUUUUUUUCUGGAUGUUAAGACUUUGUCGGAUAACAAAAUGCUCUAUUUUGGGCUUUCUGAAUGAAAUGUGUGUUAUAAAAAGUGAAGUUUUAGGAAAUUUCUGGAUUUUGAGCCAAACUUUGACAGAUUAGACAAGUUGGUUCUUGAAAAAAACCUCCGAAAAAAAUUCUUCAGUGAGUUAUUCGAAGGGCGAUCUGUGGACAAAAAACAGCAGCUAAUGCUCAGAACAUUAAUUUUAGGUGGACAAACUUUUUUUGACAUUUAGAUUGUGCUUUCAAAGAAUCGAAAACAUUUUCAUCAAACUUUACGAUUUUCUCAGAUUCACCUCUCUGAACUUGUGUGGAUUGGUCCUUGCUUCAUGUCCUCUUCAGGAACUCAAAGAUACUUUGCAGGUACCUUUUUAACUCAUUUUCAAUCAUUUUUGUUAUUUUUCAGCUGCCUCUGGGUGACUGGACGCUUAUUCGGCUCCUGGUUGAGACUUUGAAGGCUUUUGGCAAUACUCCGCCUGGCUUGAGAGUUGAUAAUGUUAGAACAUUUUUUAUGGAAAAAGAGUUGAAGUUUUUUAAUCUGUUCAAACUUCGAAUAUCAAGCCGUGGUUAAAGCUUCGUCCCUUAUGGUGCGACAAACCAAUCAGAGAGUGCCAUCCACAGAGCUUUUUCGAAUGACGUCAUUAUUCUCGACAUUCAAAAUCUGAACAUUUGACUAUAUACCUGAAAAAAGGAAACCUUGUCAGAUUCUAGAACGGGAAGAAUUUUUUUACAGAGGAAAGUUCUGACCCUACGGGAAGAAGACGAAGAAGAGGAAAUCGAAGAAGCCGCCGAAGCGGUGAUGAUGAGUGAACGGGAACGAGCGCCGCUUCUUGGGUCGGUCGCCGAGGAGAGGAGGAGAAGGCUCGAAAAAUAAUGAGACUCUGAAAAGAAGCUGGGAAGUCUUUGUAGAAGCACCAUCAUGGCCAACGCCAACGACCUGAGUAUCGAUCACAAGUGGCUGAUGGAGAACUUGUCCGGAAUGGAUUUGAGUGAGUUUGGAGAGCUGUAAAGCUCCUGGUCGCAUGUAGAAUGGCUAGACGCGUUGCGGUCGCGUAGCGGUUCAGUUUGGGAUUUCAGGGCUUGCUUAUGAAGCAUAUAUAAAUGCGCAAGUCCAUUUUGGUCGGGCGAAGCUACUAGGUGAAUACCUUGUAGUCGAGCCAUUCUCCGUGCGACCAACGGGUUUCAGAAUGAUUAUAUACUUUUUUUUAAUAGAAAUCGUGAAAGCUCACCAAAAUUACUGAUGCUAAAGUUUUGAGGAAAGCUAUUCGGAAAAAAUUCCAAACUUGUCUCCAAAGUCCAUUCUAGGACACCUUAUAGACUCACAUUUAAUCAAAAAAUAAAGUCCUCGAAUUAUUCAGCCGAGACCGAGGGCGACGUCGACAACGGCAUGCACUACUCGCACUUCUCUUCGACGGAAGGACCGAUUCCCGUGAUCGAUGCCGGAAUGAUGCCGGUCUCCGUGUCCGCGGCCCCGUCGGUCCGAUUCGAAGACUCGACCAACGACUUGGAGCAGGACGCUUCCGACGCCGACAGCACGCAGUCAAGGUUCCAUACCGAUCGUAUUUUGGUCAGAAGUGAUAGAAAUGAAGAAAAAUGAGAGGGUACUGAAGAAAAAGGCCCAAUCUGGCGCGAUAGAAAAGCGAUAUCGCGCAAAAGUAUCGCUCUGUCCUUGAGCGGGUCUCGCAGUUUUCUUGUUUAUCUCGCUUAAAAAAAUUGAUAAUUUCCAAAAUGCGAUGUCGCGCCGAGGAAAACGCAAGAACGGCGCGGCUAAAAAGCACAACUUUCGCGAUGUCGUCAAUUCACCGCAGUAUCGACAUCGCUUUUUUAAUGGCAGGAAUCCUUAGGGGAUAUUAAUCAAAUUCAUAUAAUAUUUUUAAGCGGACUUGUUUUAGCAUCCUCAUUUGAAUAUUCAAUCAGUUUCGCUUCAGAACGGCAUGAAUUAUGUUUCAAACUCUAGUGAUAGUAAUUGAAGCCAAAAUGACCCGGAGUUACAAAGGAACACCGUCUCAAAAGAAAAAUUUCGAAAAAAUGGAACCUUUUAUAUGUGAGAGCCUGUAACCCGUCUCAUGAUCGGGCGCACUGUAAUUUGGAGCCAUUUCAAUUUGGUUUUGAGCGCAUAUUUCGUUUUUUUUUUUUGGCUCAUCAACUUAUUGCUUCAAUUAAGUAUCAAACUUAACAUUGAAAGUUUUUGUAAUUCUGAUUUUCAAACCGUUACGACUUUUCAAGAUAUUUAGAACCUAGAGUGGUCACUCAGAGCCAUAGAACUCUAGAGCUUGGACCCUAAAGUGACCAUUUGAAGCCCCAAGGUCUAUAAAAGAUUAAGACAAUUCCUGCGAGUUUUUUUUUUUUCGAAAAAAUGAAUAUGAAACCGAUUUUUAUAGACUGGAAGAUUGGCUUUAUAAAAAAAUUUAAAAAUGCAUGCCUUAGUUUUUGGUUUCAUACACGGAAAUAACUUUAAAUCAAUUUUUAGUUCAAAAAUAACAUUUCUUGUCAGGUUCGACAGCAAGGAAAAUCUGCUCGACAGCCAAAACGACGUCUCCCCGGCCUACAGCCGACAGCAAAGCAACUCGAGGUCCGUUCUUCAGGGGAUCGACUUUUCUUAGCCUUCGUCGUUUUUAUAUAUCUUCUUAUGUUUUCUUCUAUUUUUUCAAUUUUGUUAUUUUCAUCUUGUUAAUGUGUCAGUGUUUAUAAUGACGGUUAUUUUCAAAUCGCUACCGGUUCAAGAUUUUUUUUUAAUUCUUUAGAAAAGCAUGAGGCUGAUUAUUCUGGUGCAAGCGCGCUCCACUGAAAAUCUUGCAUUUUUAGGUUUUUCCUUAUUGUAAUCGUGUAAAUCAUCAAGUUUUGUCCAUGGAGCGCACAUGUACCUUUUUUGAUAUUUCUUUUUUAGGUAUUUCUAUUUUCAUCUACUACUACCGGUACUUUAUUGUAUUAGCUUUUUUGAGUUAUAUUUUAUUUUCUGAAUUAUUAUUUUUCAAGGGCCAAAUCAAAUUUUAAAUUUUCUACUGACCCAAUUUAGCCAUGUCCGUUCAUCGUACCGAAAUACAUCACGAUAUCGAAAAAAAUGAGUCGGUAAGAGAAAAGGAAAGGAGCUUUUCCACGUACACAUCGUUGUAUUGAAAUUGCACUCAAUUUAACCCGGUUUUUUUGGCGGUUUGCAGAGGUUUUUUUCUGGUGUGGGAUGUGAUGAAUGGCUCUAUUAACUUAUUUCGAAAAAUAUAAAGUAUUUGACGUGAAAAUUUACUAGUUCAUAAUUAGCUGUGAGAAGUGAGCCUCAAUUUAAUUUUUAAGAUCAUUGGUCUUUUUCUAGCUAGUUGGGAAUGGACUAUAUUUUUAGAUUAAUUUCAUGCUAAUAAAAUUUGAAGAGAUCCCUUAAGAGCAGCAAAAAAAGACAGUUGAGACUGAUGAUCUUUUUAGAGAAUUUCGGAACCUUUUUGAGAAUCUUUUGAUUUACGAGGCUUUUCUCUCAAAAAGUAGCCGCUUGAGGGUUUCUAUAUUUGUAAUUUUUUUGAAGAAUUUGCAGAAGAAGUUUAUAACAGCCAAAUUGUUAAAAAAAUCCGACAAAAAGCCUUUUUUUGACCAAUUUUUGAGCUUAUUUUUUUAUAUCAUUUCUUAGAUAUCUCCCUUGAAAGCUAAUACCAACAGUGAGAAUACGCAUAAUUAAAUAAAACUUCUAAUUAAGUUCAUUAAAUAUACUACCCGAAGCAUGGAGUGUGCACUAUUUACCUUGGAUUUGCAGUGUUUGAUUGUUUCUCGAAAUUUGUUAUUUUUUCAACAAGUUUCGAGAAUUCCGAGUCCCUCUUAUAACUGGAACUUCUUGCUUCAUGCAAGAAAAUAGACGAGUUGGGGAAGUAAUCGAGUCGAGUCUGAUCUAUCAACAAAACAAAUUGUUUUCCUGCAAGCCUAAUAAGCACCUGCAAAGGUAUAAAGUACGAGUAAUGUUCUUUUCCAAGUAUUUUCAUUCUUUGCGUAGAAAAAGGCUCUGGCGUAUAUAAUUGUGUACGUUUAUUCAAGGAAAAGGCAAUUUGAGAGCUCGAAAUUACGGGUUCAUUCGACAUUUUCUUCAAUUUAUUAAUUAAAAAUGCGAGUCUCGUACGUAGUUUAUUAGUGUGUGUGUGUGUUUAUCAUUCAAACGUGACAUAAUUAGAUGAUUCUAUGGAAAAGCCGGUAAUUGAAAGUACAAAGUAAACGGCAUUGAAAACAAGUUUUUCUAAAUAUAGUUUUUUUACGAAUAGCUCGGAUUGAAGUUGUUAUGAAAAAGCAAAUUUUAUAGAUUUCCGCAAAGCUCGAGGAUUUGAGAGACCAAAUAGAUAUUGAGGAAGUGCAAAAAAUGACACAGGAAAAAAUAGCCGUGAAAAUAUGGCUCAAGUGUGCUCUACAGCUAAUUACCGAAAAUGAAUCGUUCAGACCUAAUUUGAGGCCGUAUUUUUAGAAGUUAUUAUAAGAUAGAGAAAACUUUCAUUACCUAUCACUUCUCACAAGUCGAACUUAAGUUUCAAUUUAUAAAGGCCGUAAUUUUGUUUAGAAAUCGUAAAUUGUUCUUAAAAAUCAGAUCAGUCAAUUUCAAGUUUUGCCAAGUAUACGUUAAAAAUGACAGACUCAAAGUUCAAAAAUUUCCUAUUUUCAAGCUCAAUUACAGACCCCAACUCGUCUCCCCGAGAAUGUUUUCUAGCAACCUGUUUUUCCAGAAAUAGGCAUGAAAUAGAAAAGUAAUCUUUCAGAAGCGAGCUGAUGCACGGCCUGCACAACAACGACACGGUGCAGAGCGGCGAGCUCGUUUCCCUGAGCACCAACUCGCUGGUCUCGUCGGAGGACGACGACACCCAUCAGCAGACCGUUCAGCGACGCGGCGGCGACGACGACCGCGACGCUCGCGCCCAUUUGACGUCACUAUUCACUCGCUCCAAUGAGCUAUAG